GAAGUGGUCCAGCCUCCGCGUCCCGCAAGGGGGUCUCCGGGUGCCCCGCGGGGCGGGCUGGCCGGAGCGGGCACCGCUGGGCGGCCCGCAGCAGGUAGCUGUGAUGGUGCAAUUGUACAACCUGCACCCGUUCGGGUCGCAGCAGGUGGUGCCCUGCAAGUUGGAGCCUGAGCGCUUCUGCGGCGGGGGACGCGAUGCGCUGUUCGUGGCGGCAGGUUGCAAGGUGGAGGCGUUCGCAGUCGCCGGCCAGGGGCUGUGCCAGCCGAGGUGUGCCUUUUCCACGCUGGGCAGGGUGCUGCGCCUGGCCUACAGUGAGGCCGGAGACUAUUUGGUAGCAAUUGAAGAGAAAAACAAAGCUACGUUUCUACGUGCUUAUGUGAACUGGAGAAGUAAAAGGACUGAAAACUCCCGAGUGUGUAUCCGAAUGGUCGGACAUGACGUGGAGGCACCCUUCAGUGAAACCUUCAGAGACCAGAUGUCUAUUGUGGAAAUGCCACUUUCUGAGGCCCCCCUGUGCAUUUCCUGUUGCCCUGUGAAAGGAGACCUUCUUGUUGGCUGCACAAAUAAGUUAGUUUUAUUUAGUUUGAAGUAUCAGAUCAUUGAUGAAGAAUUCUCAAUAUUGGACUUUGAACGUUCUUUAAUUAUCCAUAUAGAUAAUAUCACCCCUGUUGAAAUUUCUUUUUGUAUUGGGUAUGUUGCUGUCAUGUCAGACUUAGAAGUUUUAAUCCUAAAGCUGGAGUCAGACCCCCAAAAUGGAGAGAGUGUUAACCCGCAUCCACGUAAGACCAACCAUCCAGUGAAACUGUCGGAAGACAUCAGUAAUGAAACUUUGCAGCUUGAGUCAGAUGAUUUUGUUAUCUGCCAAAAGCCCAUGGAACUUCUUGGUGAAAAAAGCAAACAGUCUGGAAUAUCUGUUACACUGGAGUCAACAGGAUUAGCUGAUGAGAAAAUAAAAUAUUUCCACGUUCAGCAGCUGCUCUAUAGACGUUUUGCUCCCGAUAUUUCAUCCUAUGUCUUGUCGGAUGACAUCAAGUUGCAUUCACUUCAGCUGCUACCCAUUUACCAAACAGGGUCUCUUACUUCUGAGAGAAAAAAUUCAUCUCAGGAAAAAGAGUUGCUGAGCCUCUUUUGUUUUUUCUCAUUACCUCAUGUGGGCUAUCUGUACAUGGUUGUCAAGUCUGUUGAACUAAUGUCAGUCUACCAGUAUCCUGAGAAGUCUCAGCAGGCGGUGCUCACACCACAAUUUUUGCAUGUCAUCACAAGCAGUGGGCACCUUGGUUCCUGGCCUCCACUUUGUUCAGUGGUAUCUCUCCUCUUCCUCAGUAACAACCUGCAGUGUUACACAGUGCGGUGCAGUGCGGCGGCCGCGCGGGAGGAGGACCCUUAUGUGGACACCACCCUGAAGGCUUGCCCACCUGUCAGUAUGGAUGUCUGUGCUUUAAGAAUACAGCUUUUCAUAGGCUUGAAAGCCAUCUGUCACUUUAAAAACCAUGUUAUACUUCUGACCAAGGCAGACCCUGAAGCAAUUCCAGAGAGAAGAGAGUCACCCAAGAGGCUUCUUUCUAGAAAAGGUACCAGUGUUAAUCUCAAAACACCUCCUGUAGCUGAGGCUGGGUGGAAUUUGUAUAUUGUGAAUACGAUCUCACCAGUGCAACUGUACAAAGAAAUGGUGGACUACAGUAACACCUACAAGACUGCAAAGACGCACAGCUGCAUCCACCUUCUCAGCGAGGCUCACCUGUUAGUGAGAGCUGCCCUGAUGGACGCCAGUCAGCUGGAGCCUGGGGAAAAAGCAGAGCUUUUAGAAGCGUUUAAAGAAAGCUGUGGGCACCUUGGAGACUGCUACAGCAGGCUUGACACCCAGUAUUCCCACCUCUCCUUGCCAUACUAUAAGAUGUCUGGUUUGUCUAUGGCUGAAGUUUUGGCCCGAGUGGACUGGUCAGUAGAGGAUGGAUCGCAGAAAUACGAGAGGGGAUUAAUCUUUUACAUUAAUCAUUCACUUUAUGAAAACCUGGAUGAAGAAUUAAGUGAAGAAUUGGCAGCAAAAGUGGUUCAGAUGUUUUAUGUCGCUGAGCCGAAGCAACUGCCCCAUAUUCUCUGUAGUCCUUCUAUGAAGAAUAUUGAUCCUUUAACUACCAUAAGCUAUUUAAGGAAGCUGGAUACUUCUGGAUUUUCAUCAGUCUUAGUGACACUGACCAAGGCAGCAAUGGCUUUGAAAAUGAGAGAUCUUGACAUGCACAGAAAUGAAAUGAAAAGCCAUUCAGAGAUGAAGUUGGUAUGUGGCUUCAUUCUGGAACCUCGGCUAUUGAUUCAGCAGAGGAAAGGACAGAUUGUUCCAACUGAAUUUGCAGUUCACUUGAAGGAGACUCAGCCUGGAUUGCUUGUGGCUUCAGUCCUUGGCUUACAGAAGAACAACAAAAUUGGAACUGAAGAAGCAGAUUCCUUCUUUAAGGUGCUGUGUGGUAAAGAUGAAGAUACGAUUCCUCAGCUCUUAGUAGACUUUUGGGAAGCUCAGCUGGUAGCAUGUCUCCCAGAUGUGGUACUUCAGGAACUCUUUUUCAAGCUCACAUCACAGUACAUCUGGAGAUUAUCUAAGAGGCAGCCACCUGACACCACACCACUGAGAACAUCAGAGGAUCUGAUAAACACCUGUAGUCAUUAUGGCUUAAUCAGUCCAUGGGUUAAUGUCUUAAUAUCGUCUGAAUCCUUGGCCGAUAAAAAUUAUAUGGAAGACCUUUCAAAAUUACAGUCUCUCAUAUGUGGUCCUUCAUUUGACAUAGCUUCCAUUGUUCCAUUCUUGGAGCCACUCUCAGAAGACACUCUUGCUGGCCUCAGUGUCCAUGUUCUGUGUCGCACGCGUUUGGAAGAGUAUGAACGGUGCAUAGACAGGCUGUUAGAGAGAUGCCCGGAGGCAGUCAUCCCAUAUGCUAAUCAUGAACUGAAAGAGGAGAAUCGGACUUUGUGGUGGAAAAAACUGCUGCCUGAACUUUGUCAGAGAAUAAAAUGUGGUGGAGAGAAAUAUCAACUUUACUUAUCAUCACUAAAAGAAACACUGUCAGUUGUUGCUGUGGAACUACAACUAAGGGAUUUCUUAAACGUCCUCCCGGAAGAUGGCACUGCAGCAUUUUUCUUGCCAUAUCUUCUUUACUGCAGUCGAAAGAAAUCAUUGGCUUGAAGGUAUCAUUUGAAAUAUACCACAAUGGCAUAUGAGACUGAAUUUUUCAAAACUGAAUGCCAGAUAAAAAAAUAAAGGAUUUUUAUAUUGAAUAUGUACAUAUAUUGCAAGUGCUUUCAGGAUGCUUACCUCAGUGGUAUUAUUAGUUUCAUAAUUUAUGACCUGAGUCCAUUUAAUUGUCCAGAAUGUAAAAAAGCUACAAGAUAUAGGAGUUUCCUCAAAGAAGGCAUAUAUUUUUAAAGGUAGAGACUGACUUCUAUUCCAAGGAACAUCAAUUUACUGUUGUUGGAGACAUGACAAUCUUUUUCAUCCCGGGAACACAAACAAUUUGUAAGUACGCUCGAAGGAAUGUCAUUCCAAGUGGUCCACAAUUUAACCUUCUUGAUUCUUCCAGAUUUUUCUACUGGGUCACUUUUAAAAACAGUUACUUUCUUUGAGAAAGAUGUUAAUGUUUUCCCACAGUAAAAGAUUUCAAACUUUAUUUUCUUCUUACUUUUAAAAUUCAUGCUAUGUUUCUCUCUGAAUCAAAUGAAAUAGAAGUUUACAAAGCUGACUUUAUUCUUGUCUGGCUAUUAACAUGAUUUGUUGAGUGCAUGUUUUUCAGCCAAAGCCUUGUUUCUGUUUUUUG